GAAAGAUUCUAGAAACAGAGACGGUGGGUUGAAGUAUUGCCCCUCUCAGGACCCGUGGCACCCCUCUACGCCUCCCGUUUACUCCAAAACAAUCGAUAAACGGUUCAAUUACCCCAAUUUCCUGCUUCGGUCCAACGUGCAAACAUGCAAAUUGAGGUGAUCCGCGAAUUAAAUCGUGCCGGAAAUCUACUGGCCUGACUCUAGAGACACAUGGGGGAAUUCUAACACUGGGAAUUUCUGCAUCUUUAUACGUUGACUAAGUUGUCCUAUACCACUGAUAGAGAAACCGCAAUUUGUCUGUUUAUUUGCUGGGCCUUCGUCGGUAAGCGGCGACUUCUCGACUCUCUCCACAAUCCACCACAAGCUGGGUGGCGGCGACAACGGUGCAAACAUGGACUUAUCCAAGAUCUCGGGCCUUGGGUUCGUGGGAUUAGGGGCCAUGGGGCUUCCCAUGGCCGGCCACCUUGCUGCGAAGCUGCCCUCCAACGUCCACAUAUAUGCCUACGACAUCAACCAAUCAAGCGUGGACCAGCUGCACCACGACUACCCGGAGAGAGUGACAAAAUGCUCGGGCGCGAAGGAGGUGGCCGAUAAAUCAGAUGUUAUUCUGACCAUGCUUCCCGAGGGCAAACACGUCCGCUCCGUGUACAUGGAGGGGGCCGCCGGCACGACCAUCUGUUCCAGCGACGUCUCUGGGAAGCUGCUGAUCGACUGCUCGACCAUCGACACGGCCAGCAGCCUGGCGGUGAAGGACUACGUCAACCGGCAGUUCCCCACGACGGCCUUCUACGACGCCCCCGUCAGCGGCGGCGUGGUGGGCGCGCAAAAGGGCACGAUCGCCUUCUUCCUCGGCUGCGACGGCGCGGACCCCAACCUGCCCCAACUCACCCGCCUGCUGCAGCUGAUGGGCAAGGACGUGAUCCCCUGCGGCGGCCCGUCCAAGGGCCUCGCGGCCAAGCUGUCCAACAACUACCUGUCCGGCAUCAUCGCCAUUGCCGUCUCCGAGGCCAUGGACAUGGGCAUGCGCUCGGGGCUGGACCCGCGCGUGCUGGCCAAGGUCUACGCCGCGGGCACGGCGCAGAACACCAUCUGCGACCGCUUCUGCCCCGUGCCCGGCGUGUACGCGGAAGCGCCGUCGUCCAAGGGCUACACCAACGGGUUCAAGGUGCAGUUGAUGCGCAAGGACUUCUCGCUCGCCCUGGAGAUGGCCAAGCGGGUCGGGGCCACCAAUGUCCUGGGCGAGGCUGGCCUGGCCACGUACGACGGCGCCAGCAAAGACCCCCGGUGCAUGGAUCUAGACUCGAGAGUGGUCUACCGAUACCUGGGGGGCAACGAGGAUUGGCAAAAGGACGCCGACGAGGCUACGGCCAGCAAACUGACAUAAUAAAACAUUGCAACGGAUCUAGAAUAGAGGGGGGAAAGACACCAUGCAAAUCUUCACCCCAGUAGUGGCCUUAGAGCACCCUAGCGAGCUAGAAAUCGGGAUCUCUGCU